UUCUGCCCGCAGCACAAUAUUCUGUGGCCGGAGCUGACGUGCCGCGAGCAUCUUGAGUUUUUUGCCCAAAUCAAAGGCUUGAAAGGUGCCGAGCUGGAGGAGGCAGUGCAACGGAUGUUGAAUGAGACAGAUCUGCAGGAAAAAGUUGAUUUUCCUGCCAGCCGGCUCUCAGGUGGGCAGAAGCGGAAGCUUUCAGUGGCUGUUGCAUUUGUGGGUCGGAGUCGCCUUGUGUUCCUUGACGAGCCGACCGCCGGUAUGGAUGUUGGUGCCCGCCGCUACACGUGGGAGCUGCUGAAGCGAAUGUCUUCCUCACACACCGUUCUGCUGACGACGCAUUACAUGGACGAGGCGGAUCUGCUAGGACACCGUAUUGGUAUCUUGAGCAACGGUUCUCUGCAGUGCUCUGGCAGUAGUUUGUUUCUAAAGUCUAGGUUGGGUCUGGGCUACAGUCUUACUUUGGCGGUGCACCCUGAUGGGGAUUUGGAGCUCAUCGAUGAGCUUGUAGAAGAAGCUAUUGAGGGAGCAGAGCUUCUUUCUCGUAGUGGCUGUCAGUUGUCGUACCGUUUGCCGGCGAGCGAGGCCACCAAUUUUCCUAGUCUGUUGGACAGCAUCGAGGAUCACGCCGACUAUGGCGUGCGUGGAUAUUCGAUCUCGGCAACAACUCUUGAGGAUGUCUUUCUUCGUGUGUCACAGCGGGAGGGGGAGGAGUCUGCGUGUGGCGAGAACUAUUCGUACUUGUGGAACUAUGACGUAACCAGUUCUCCAGUGAUGUCGCAGUUUCGUGUUGUGAUGCGGAAACGCCUUCAAAAUGCUCUUCGUGACAGACGGAUGCAGUGCUUUCAACUCGUUUGCCCAUUCCUCUGUGUGCUGCUGGCCAUGCUUCUUGGCAUGGUGAAUUUCAAGAUGCACGAAAAACUCACAUUGUCGUUUGACCUCUACGACGAACCGAUACUGGUGGACACGGCUCAGUGCCAAGACUUCUGGGGGAGUCAGCCUCGACUGUCGAAUGUCGUAAUAAAUGAGACCCACUUUGCGAACGCGGAAGAGCUCGGCUCCUACACGUCCGAUACGUGGUUCACCCACGAGAUGCCGCGAUACGCCAGCGUCUCUUGCCUUGAUCGUGACCUUUACCGCAAGCGGGGCACAAUGAAUCCCAUCAUUAUGCUACACAACACUUCGGCCAUCCACCAAACAGGCAUUACCAUGGCGGCGUUUUACCAACUCCUGCUUCAUAACAUUACUGGAGGAAUGGGCAACAUCUCAUGGUCCAUUGGUACUCUCUGGGACGAUGUUGAUUACCGAAGCGCUCUGGAGGUAAUUCUAACAGGAACGAUCAUUAUGAUUCCGUUUACGUUUUUACCGUCGAAUCCAGUUGCGUGGGUCGUGAAGGAGCGGGAGUGUGGCGCCUUGCACUUGCAGAGGAUCGCAGGUCUGCGUUUCGCGCUGUACUGGCUAUCAAACUAUCUAUUUGACGUAGCUGCCUACUUUGUGUCCCUCGUUUUUGUCGUCAUAAUUUUCUUGGCGUUCCGCCGCGACUCAUACGUUGGGUCAGAAACGUUCGGUGCUAUGUUCACCCUCUUCUUGAUCUACGGCCUUACAAGCACGGUUGCUGGGUACACCGUUAGUUUCCUCUUCAAUGAGCACUCAACGGCGCAGAUGGUCGUGAUGGGGGUAGGUUUUGUCUUGGGAUUUCUGUUACUGAUGGUCGUGUUUAUUCUCUCACUUCUGGAGAAAACAAAGCACGUCUCGGAUGAUCUCCGCUGGCCCUUCCGACUUAUCCCAACGUACUGUAUCGGCGAAGGCAUCAUCAACCUCAACAACUACAAGCAGAAGAAAGCGGUGGGCUUGGCGACAUCGGCAUUUGAUGGCGAUAUCACUGGCUACCCUAUUGCCUUUCUUUCAGUGGAGCUUCCCGUUUUUUGGCUGCUGCUGAUCUUGAUUGACCAUCCGAAGCGACGUACAUGGUGGGAACGAUUCUUCUACCGGCGCGGCAAGUAUAACACCGAGGAUAUUUAUAACGAGGAUACUGACGUUGAGGACGAGCGGAAUGCCGUCUACGAUUCAAUGGAAAGAGGCGUCGUGGAGGGAGUUGUGACAGUGUGUGAUCUACGCAAAGAGUAUCCCAACGGCAAAGUCGCGGUGCGGAAUCUCACGUUUGACAUUCUUCCCGGAGAAGUGUUUGGCUUUCUUGGCACAAAUGGUGCGGGGAAGACGACAACCAUUUCGAUUCUAUGUCAAGAGUUUCUCCCCACGGGCGGCUCCGCCUCCGUCUGCGGGUAUGAUGUUGUGGAGGAGAGCGCCAAGGCCCUGCAGUGCAUCGGCUACUGCCCACAGUUUGACGCCUGCCUGGAUUUGCUGACGGUGGAGGAGCACCUGCGGCUGUACGCGGGCCUGCGUGGCAUCGCGUGGAGCCAACGCGACGAAGUCGUCCUCGGGCUGCUGCGCCUGUGCGAGUUGAUGAAGUAUCGGAAUACACUUGCGCACGAACUGAGUGGUGGCAACCGGCGUAAACUGAGUGUGGCGACUGCGUUGUUGGGAGGGCCGCGCGUGGUGUUCUUCGACGAGCCCUCGGCAGGCAUGGACCCCGUCGCACGUCGUGGACUUUGGACAACGAUUGAAACAACAGCGAAGUACUGCUCCGUUGUUCUGACGACGCACCAUCUAGAGGAGGUGGAGGCUUUAGCGGAUGUGGUGGCCAUUAUGGUGGACGGAGCGCUGCGCUGUAUCGGUGACAAGACGCACCUGAAGCACAAGUUUGGCAGCGGCUACGAGAUGAACAUUCGCAUUGAGGAUGAGGACCUCUAUGAGUCAAUUUUGGAGUUUGUGAACGAGAUGUUCCCCAACGCUACACUGAAUGAAUUCAAGGGGCGACGGUUUGUGUACGCGUUACCGAGUGACACGUCUCUUAGCAGCGCCUUCCGCAUUUUACAGGAGAACAAGGAUGUUUUGGGUAUCACGGACUACAGUGUAUCGCAGACCUCGAUUGAGCAGGUGUUCCUGCGCGUGAGUGGCGAAACUCAGUGCGACUUGUAG